AUGGCUAGUGUUCUCAAGGGCGGCUUCGGCUCCUCAAACGGAAACGGGAAUAGCAACGGAAAUGUCAGUGGCGGCACCGAAUUCAUCAACACGCUCUCCCCACUCAAAGGCCUCCUCGACGGCUACGACAACACGCUCCCUUGCAGCAAGCAGACCAUCGCCGUCCCCCAAACCUUCCAAGAUGCCAUGGCAGUGCGAGAACAGGUCUACGGCGAGCAAGGCGUACCUCUAGAUGCCGAAUAUGACGAGGACGACGCCCGCAGCUGGCACUGGGUCGCAUAUGCUUCUGUAGCCACAAGCUCAGGCUCUCCGCCCAAGACUCUGCGCUCAAAGUCGCCUAACACGCCCGCAGACGACGCCCGCCGCGCCUCUGCCACCGCCACACGAGUCCCAGUCGCAACGAUCCGUCUGGUACCGCCGCCUCACGGUGCGAACAAGUAUGUCGACGAGCAUAAGACGGUCGACAAGCACCCUGAUGCAGAGCCGGCUGAUGAGUCGGAGAAAAAGCACACAGCGGAGCCAUACGUCAAGUUAGGGCGGCUUGCCGUGCUGACACCGUACCGGAAACUAGGCCUUAGUAAGCUACUCAUCAACGCCGUCUUCGACUUCGCGACGCACAACUCGGAAAAGAUAUACCGCCCUCCAUCGCCAACAGCCCUCGAAAUGGCACAGAGGCAGGGUCAGAACAAGGAGAAGGAAAUCACCUGGCAAGGCCUGGUUAUGAUCCACGCACAAGCGGACGUCAAGUACAUGUGGGAGAAGCAUGGCUUCCGGGAGGAGCUGGUAAAUGACAAGGGCGAAGUCGAGAUUGCGGCUGAGCCGCGCUGGGUCGAAGAGGGCAUUGAGCAUGUCGGCAUGUGGAAGAGGCUCCAGCUGGUGAAAGAGAAGAGGUUGUCCAUAUCCCAGGAGGCCUAA